ACUCAUGUCAGGCAGGCGUAAUCACAGCCACUUCGGAAAUUAAAGAUAUUACAAAAAUGGAGCGAAUUGGUGCUCAUUCGCAUAUUCGGGGCCUUGGUCUUGAUGAAUCACUGGAACCUCGGCAAGUUGCACAGGGAAUGGUGGGCCAAGUCAAAGCCCGUAAGGCAGCUGGAGUAAUCUUACAAAUGAUUAAAGAGGGUAAAAUCGCGGGUCGUGCCAUUCUUAUGGCUGGCCCUCCAGGAACUGGAAAAACUGCUAUUGCAAUGGGGAUGGCACAAGCUUUGGGCAAAGAUAUACCUUUUACGAUGAUUGCUGCUUCUGAAAUUUUUUCCCUUGAAAUGUCGAAGACUGAAGCUCUUACACAAGCUUUCCGACGAUCAAUUGGUGUACGAAUAAAAGAAGAAGCCGAAAUUAUUGAAGGCGAAGUUGUUGAAGUCCAAAUAGAUCGAUCGAUCACGGGGGGUAAUAAAACUGGCAAGAUUACCCUCAAGACAACUGAUAUGGAAACAAUAUUUGAAUUGGGACAUAAAAUGAUAGAUGUAUUAAACAAAGAAAAGGUUUUGGCUGGAGACGUGAUUACUAUCGAUAAAGCGUCCGGAAAAAUCUCUAAAUUGGGUAGAUCGUUUACUCGAGCCAGGGAUUAUGAUGCGAUGGGCGAAUUGCAAAAGCGUAAAGAAGUAGUUCAUACGGUGUCACUACAUGAAAUCGAUGUGAUAAAUAGUCGAACACAAGGAUUUUUAGCUUUAUUUUCUGGUGAUACUGGGGAGAUUAAGUCAGAAAUUCGAGACCAGAUAAACACAAAAGUUACCGAAUGGAGGGAAGAAGGAAAGGCCGAAAUUAUUCCUGGUGUACUUUUUAUUGACGAAGUUCAUAUGCUUGACAUUGAGUGCUUUUCAUAUCUAAACCGUGCGCUAGAAGAUGAGCGAGCGCCAGUGGUUAUUAUGGCAUCUAACCGUGGGAUCACAAGAAUUCGAGGUACCAAAUAUAAGAGUCCACAUGGGAUUCCAAUCGAUUUGUUAGAUCGAUUAUUGAUUAUUAGUACAAUUCCAUAUGACGACAAUUCGAUCAAACAAAUUCUCACCAUUAGAUGUCAAGAAGAGGAUGUGUCAAUGACUGAUGAAGCACGCGAUAUAUUAACAAAGAUAGGAAUGGAAACUUCAUUAAGAUACGCAAUACAUCUCAUUACGACUGCUCAUCUUGUAUCCAAAAGACGGAAGGCAAGUAAUGUCGAUGUUGUUGAUAUCAGACGUGUAUAUAGAUUAUUCUUGGAUGAAAAAAGAUCUGUUAAUUAUUUGAGAGAGUUUCAAGAACAAUACAUGUUUAAUGAAGUUCCCAUUGAAAUGGAAGGUGUAGAAAACACUAUUGUCGCAGAGAAUCCUGAAGCAAUGGAAUCUUAA